GAGCUUUCUGGGAAAAGAUGGAUGCUCACGAUCUGUUUCGCCGGCUCGGCGCGGGGGCCAAAUUCGACGUGAGACGCUUCUCGGCGGACGCUGCCCGAUUCAAGAUAGGAAAAAGGAAAUAUGACUUUGAUUCUUCGGAGGUGCUACAGGGACUGGACUCUUUUGGAAACAAGAAGUCUGUCCCAGGUGAGAGUGAAUCAUCAAGAACUCAUCAGGAGCUACAAGAUGAAGAGAAAAAUGAAGAGAGCCUAACUGAAAGGAAGAGGGAGCAGAACAAGAAAAAGAGGAAGAAGAUGACUUCAGAAAUUACUUCUCAAGAAGUUUCUACUAUACAGUGGAUAUCAUCUGUGGAAGCAAAGAUUGAAGAUAAAAAAGUUAAAAGAGAAAAUAAACUAACUUCAGGAAAGUUGGAGCAGCUCAGAAAAGAAAAGAUAAACUUCUUCCGGAAUAAACAUAAAAUUCAUGUCCAAGGAACUGAUCUUCCUGACCCAAUUGCUACAUUUCAGCAACUUGACCAGGAAUUUAAAAUCAAUUCUCGACUGCUUCAGAACAUUCUAGAUGCAGGCUUCCAGAUACCUACGCCAAUCCAAAUGCAAGCCAUUCCAGUUAUGCUGCAUGGUCGAGAACUUCUGGCUUCUGCUCCUACUGGAUCUGGAAAGACUUUGGCUUUUAGCAUUCCUAUUUUAAUGCACCUGAAACAACCCACAAACAAAGGCUUCAGAGCCCUGAUUAUAUCACCAACACGAGAACUUGCCAGCCAGAUUCACCGAGAGUUAGUAAAAAUAUCUGAGGGAACAGGAUUCAGGAUACACAUGAUCCACAAAGCAGCAGUUGCAGCCAAGAAAUUUGGACCUAAAUCAUCUAAGAAGUUUGAUAUUCUUGUGACUACUCCAAAUCGACUAAUCUAUUUAUUAAAGCAAGAUCCUCCGGGAAUAGACUUAACAAGUGUUGAAUGGCUGGUAGUAGAUGAAUCAGAUAAACUGUUUGAAGAUGGCAAAACUGGGUUCAGAGACCAGCUGGCUUCCAUUUUCUUGGCCUGCACAUCCCACAAGGUCAAAAGAGCUAUGUUCAGUGCAACUUUUGCCUAUGAUGUUGAGCAGUGGUGCAGACUCAACUUGGAUAAUGUCAUUACUGUUUCCAUUGGAGCAAGGAAUUCUGCAGUAGAGACCGUAGAACAAGAGCUUCUCUUCGUUGGGUCUGAGACUGGAAAACUUCUGGCCAUGAGAGAACUUGUUAAAAAGGGUUUCAAUCCACCUGUUCUUGUUUUUGUUCAGUCCAUUGAAAGGGCUAAAGAACUUUUUCAUGAGCUCAUAUAUGAAGGUAUUAAUGUGGAUGUUAUUCAUGCAGACAGAACUCAGCAACAGAGAGAUAACACAGUCCAUAGCUUCAGAGCAGGAAAAAUCUGGGUUCUUAUUUGUACAGCCUUGCUAGCCAGAGGGAUCGAUUUUAAAGGUGUGAACUUGGUCAUCAACUAUGACUUUCCAACCAGCUCAGUGGAAUAUAUCCACAGGAUAGGUCGAACUGGAAGAGCCGGGCAUAAAGGAAAAGCUGUUACAUUUUUCACUGAAGAUGAUAAACCAUUAUUAAGAAGUGUUGCCAAUGUUAUCCAGCAGGCCGGAUGUCCUGUCCCAGAAUACAUAAAAGGUUUCCAAAAACUACUAAGUAAACAAAAGAAAAAGAUGAUUAAGAAGCCUUUGGAAAGAGAGAGCAUUAGUACAACUCCAAAAUAUUUCUUAGAAAAAGCUAAGGAUAAACGGAAGAAGGUCACUGGUCAGAACAGCAAGAAGAAAGUAACUCCUGAGGACAAAAGUUAAAAACAGACUUCUAAAAAGACUAUAUCACAAAUGUGAUUUUAUGAUUCCAGCAUGAAUGUUGUUUUCAUGGAAUACAUUGUCUUAUAAUCACCUGUACCAAACAUUUGAAAUCAACUACAAGAACAUGGGACUAGUGAAAAUGAUCCUAAACUAUCAGUGCAUCAUGUCGUUUCAAUUCAUAGGUGAUUUUUUAAAUGAUUAUAUAAUGGAAAAAACAUUCAUUGACAUUCACGUGGUUUGAAUCCAGAGCGAUGCUUCUUACAGAAGAACAAAAGUUUAUGCUAAAAAUAACAACACCCAAAUGUGGUGAACUGGAUUUUUCCCUUCAAGUGUGAAAGAGCGUGUCAUGUAUGCUGUGGAGAGGCAUUUGGAACCACAUUGCGAAGUAAAGUCUUGAGGUUUAAUGCCCCUUCCCACCCACUUUUUUUUUUUUUUUGGGUGAACAAGAAGCAGCACCGGCUGUCUACCAAGAAUAAAUCUACUGCUCUCUUUAUUUCACUGUUUCUUAAUAUGUUGAUGGCCUUUUGUGAUAUGAGCCACAACAAGAUGCCUUUUAUAUGGCUGGUUAUUCAAGUUCACUAGAAUUUUAAAUUCUUUGAUCUAUAUAUAAAUAUCUUUUACCUCAUCCCUAUCGUAGCUCAGACCUUACCUUCAUAAUGUUGCAGCUAUGAGAUUAUGGUCAGCUUCUCCUUUCUUACUUCAUUUUCCGUCAUUUAACCAUGUUCUUUCCUGUCUCUUUCCAUUUGAGAUGACUUUGCUCGAAAAGUGAUAAACAUUUUAUCCUGAUAAGGAAGAAUGUUCCUGUUACUUGAUCCACCCCUGGCUCCGUUCUCUUACAGCUUAUCUUUCCUAAGGCUUUAUGGCCCUUCAUCCAGAUAGUAUGCAGGUCUCUGACGAAGGUAAAGGACUGUGAUUGUACAGUGAUAGAGACUAUUCACUCUUAGCAGGUUUUCCUCAGUUGCUAGUUUUGUACAGUGGAAUGAAAAAUCGACUUCAUACAUGUAAGGUACCUGCAAUGGUGCCUGACAUGAAUGUUAGUUAUCAGUACUGUAAUACCAUAAUAUAGAUAACCUUUUCUCAGUAACAUUUGAAUUAAACUUAUUUAUUUCCUGUA